GUCGACCAUGCUGCCGAGCUUUGUUCGGACCUUCUCGAGAGCGAGCACGAUGGCGACGACCGAUGGCUCGAUCUUCAGCGCGAUCCAGACCAAGCUGGCCGCGGCCUUUGCGCCCACGCAUCUCCAAGUGCUCAACGAGAGCUACAUGCACAACGUGCCAAAGGGCUCUGAGACGCACUUCAAGGUGAUUGUGGUCUCGGACCACUUUGAGGGCAAGCCGCUCCUCCAGCGCCAUCGCAUGGUCAACGCCGUCUUGGACGACGAGCUCACGAAGGGCGGCGUCCACGCGCUCUCGAUCCAGAGCAAGACGCCGUCGCAGUGGGAGGCCAACAGCACUGUGCGCCCAUCGCCGACGUGCCAGGGCGGCAUGAAGCACGAGAAGAAGACGCCGUAAGACACGAUACAGGCAAUAUGACGUGCUUUCAAAUGUAAAGCUAUCUCGACUGUCUCGACGCGCCGCGACGCCGGCGGAACCGAUCGCCGAGAGCUCGUGCAUAGUCGAGGCCGCCCGGGUUGGCGCGCGCGAGAAGCUGGGCGUAUUUGCGUUCAACGCGCUUGGCAAAAGCAA